ACGGCUAAACUUUUGUACGUUCAAAAUGACAGAGAGCAUUGUGUACGGUUCGAUUCGUUGGGACCUCUUCUCAGAGGAUUUACAAGAAUACUGUCCGAAUGAAAUAAAAUACCAUUUGCAAGCGAUGAUAUCAGCCACAAAAGAUUAUUACUCCAAUAGGAGUAGCAAAAAUAAGCAAACAUCAACAUCUGAUUGGCAGUGGCUAGAUAAACAUUUAUUGGUCAGUGAUGCUUGCUUAGAACGAACUUGGGAGAUGCUCAAUUCUGGUUAUUGGAAAGACGUACCGAUUAAUUAUAGAUAUUGUUAUUCACUGUGUAGCGUUAUUAAGGCAGUUUUAUUGGAAAUCUCAUGUGAUUCGGAGAGUGAAAAAACUAAAAUUAAGGACAAAUUCAAAGAUAUCAUUAAAGUUAUUGAUAAAGGACUUCUCCUUGGCGCACCCUUGCAAAGAGAUCCUUCUUUGUUAACGCAAAUAGCAUUUAAGCUAAAUGAAAAUUAUUUAAAACUAGAUGGGGAGGAACAAUUGAGUGAGAGUAUUCAAUUUAACGAGGAAGAAUUGUGCAUGGACAUUUUUGAUAACUUUUUACCAGUUCAGCAUUACUUUAAGCCAUCAAUGGAAUUGUUCUACAAUAAUAUUUUUCAACCUAAAGUGCCUGCUAUUCUUAAGGGUUGUAUAGAACAUUGGAAAGCAUUGACAUUAUGGAAAGAUGUUGGAUAUCUCCAGAGAAUAGCUGGUAAUAGAACUGUGCCCAUUGAAAUUGGAUCUCGUUAUACUGAUGAUGAUUGGACUCAGAGUCUCAUUACGUUUGCAGAUUUUUUAAAAACUCAUAUAACAAACAGAAAUAAUGAAAUUGGCUAUUUAGCUCAACAUCAGCUUUUCAAUCAAAUUCCAGAGCUGAAAAAUGAUUUUUCAAUACCAGAUUAUUGCAGUUUUUCAGAUAAAGAGGAUAGUGAAGAAUUUCCUGAUAUAAAUGCCUGGUUUGGUCCUUCUGGAACAGUGUCUCCUUUACAUUAUGAUCCAAAAAAUAAUUUACUUUGUCAGGUAUUUGGCUACAAAAGAAUCAUUCUAUAUGGGCCAGGAGAUAGUGACAACUUAUAUCCAUACGAGACAAAAAUGUUGUGCAACACUGCCAAAGUUGAUCCUUACAAUCCUAAUUAUAAAGAUUAUCCAAGAUUCCAAGAUUCCAAAGGAAGCAUGUGCUACUUAAAACCUGGAGAUAUGUUAUUUAUACCUCCUAAAUGGUGGCAUCAUGUAGUGGGACUUACUUCUAGUUUUUCAAUUAGUUUUUGGUGGGAAUAAUAAAAUUCUUAAUAAAUUUAACUUUA